AUCUUAUAUCCCUCACCAACACAGCAAGUUUCAUCAACACAUACAUCUAUACGUCAAUAAUGGCCUCUCUAUGUGCGCUUUGCGAGUCCAUGUCUUACGAGGCACUUCCAGAUUUCCCAGACGAGAAUUACAUGCGAACCCUCAGCGGUUAUGCAAAUCUCCAGCACCUGAUCGUGCGAAAGUCCAAGAGGUCAGAGUCCUUGGGCUUCAAGCACCAUCCAGACCUGGAGAGCCUGAGGCACUCGGCGAAAGAAGGAUGUGACUUGUGCCAGCUUAUUGAGGCGCAGGCAGAUGAUGUGCUAUCCGAUUUUGAGAAAGAGGAAAUGCCGCUGUUGCGAGAGCUGGGAAUCGGCGAGGGCGCACAUCUCACAUUCGAUCUAUGGGUCACCAAACGCCCAGAUGGUCAAGACGGAAUCUUGGUUGUUACCAAUUGUUCGUGGGAGCCGGGUGUAAAGGUGGUGCCCGUCGCCGCCAUCGCAUUCUGUGCGCAACAAGAUGGCCCCUUAGCCGAGAUCAUAAAAGGCCACGUAAUCAGUGACACUCCAGAUGAGAUCGUUUUAAGUCGUAUUUGUGGUUGGGUAGCCGCCUGUGACAAGCAUGACCGUUGCGCCCAGCAGGAUCGAACCAUGCCAACUCGCGUCAUUGAUGUCGGCGACGAGACGACGGGAAACUCUGUGAAACUGGUCGAAACUACCGUGGACGAUCAGGAGAGAUAUAUCGCUUUGAGCUACUGCUGGGGCAUUGGCACCAAGCAGUACGUGACAACAGAGGCGAUAGUAGCGGAGCGCAAACAGGGCAUCGAUGUGUCAACUUUGCCCAAGACAUUUCAAGAUGCUAUCGCCUUAUCGAGGCAACUUGGUGUGAGAUACAUCUGGAUCGACAGUCUCUGCAUCUGCCAGGAUCAGAUUCAUGAGUGGGAGCGAGAAUCAACAAAAAUGGCCGCGGUCUACACCAACGCCUAUCUUACGGUCGCUGCCACGGGCGUCGACAGCAGCGACGGCGGUCUGUUCUUCUCUCGAAACCCCCCAAGAAGCAUAGAGUUGCCGUACAUAUCAGGCGAAACGAGCGGCACCGUUCUCGUGCACCCGUUACCGUUCGACAGGGAGAUCAUCAAGCAGUACCACACUGAGAUGAGGGACGAGCCGCUCACGCAGCGAGCUUGGGGCUUCCAAGAGCGCGUCCUCUCUCGACGAAUCCUCCACUUUGCGAAGCACCAAGUGUACUAUGAAUGCAUCGAAGGAACACAGACAGAAAAUGGCCUCACACUACCCGAUCGAUUUCAGUACGCCUAUGACGCGUUAGAUAAGACCAAGACAGAGAUGAUCGAAAAAACGUUUAGCGGAAAGCCGAGAAGAAAAAGGUCGUCCAACGAGGUCCUCCAGCAGUGGUACGGGCUCCUUUGGGGCUACGGUGGGAGGAAGCUGACGUGGGCCUCGGACAAGCUGCCUGCCAUGUCCGGCCUUGCGAGGAUCUACCACGAAAUACUCCAAGACGAGUAUCUUGCCGGGGUUUGGAAAACCAAUAUAGUCGAGGGAAUCUGUUGGCAGGGGUUGGAUUGUUCCUCGCCGCCCAACGACGAGUACCGCGCUCCGUCGUGGUCGUGGGCCUCGGUGGACGGCAUCGCCGCAACCGGCUUCUCUGGAAACGACUACCUCGCCACAGCGAUUGAUUCGCACGUUGAAGUUGACGGAGAGAAUCCAUUCGGCAAAGUAAAGAACGGCUGGCUUCGACUCAAGGCGCCGCUCGUGCCUCUCACCCUCUCGGACACCAAGGGACCGACGGGACAUAUGUUUCUUCGGACUCUGGAUGGCGACGAAGGGUGCUAUGCGGGAUUCGAUGUGAUAGAUCGGAAUUCUAAAGUGUCGGCGGAAAAGGUCCGCGCCAUGCAGUUGUUUGCUCUGAUCAUGGUACGAACGGCCCCCACUGAGGAUGACCCUGAUUCAACAUAUUUCGCACUCAUUGUCGAACCGGCGGGUUCUGAGAUGGAAACAUUCAGAAGGAUCGGGUUUCUCCUGUGUGGACGAGAAACAUUUGGCCCUAACGAUCUUGACAAGAUCUCUGAAGUCAAACUAGUUUAGAGAAAUGCGCAGCGUGUUUGAUUCUAUUCGACAUGCUGAUGCGUGUUGCCGAAAGCUAGCUGAGGUUACGUUGGGUUGUCUCUCCAAAUCCUGGCCGUUUGGAUGGUUGGUAUGUGUAGAUGGAAAAUAACAGACACACAUCAAUCGCAUACGUUUGUGUUUGCAGGAUACUUAGCUAUGAAAUCGUAAAGCCUUAUGUUUGGCUGACGUGUGCUUGCUUAAAAUAUUGAAAGGCUUGCUCUAGUACUAUCCCAGAACUGUAAGCUUCAAUAUUUGAUGUUGUUCAUGAGAGCUCAAGACAAUCACACUCCUAUCUCGUACACGAGUAGAU